AAUGGCUGAACAUUUUUUGUACAGAGGAAGCGUCCAACGAGAGCAAACGCCGUGAGACCGUGUGUUUCCACAGCGAAAUACACCAAUAAAACUGCACAAAAGUCGCGCUCACAGCGCAAAAAAAGAAUUCAAGCCGCGUGUGGACGAAAUGCGGCACGAAUCGCUGGAAAAAUCGACGUCCAGACGCAAAAAUAGCAGCGAAAUUCGAGCGAACGUCGUGUAUAAGUAAAACGAAAGUUGUGUCUCUUUGUGCGAAAGAGAGGGAGAACCAAAUAUUUUUGCAAGCCAGAAGUCGAAGGUUAAAUUAAAAUGUAUUAGCAACCUAAAUAAAGAGGAGUCAACUACGAACAAAACUCGGAUCUUAAAGAAUUAGCGAAAAAUCGUUUGUGAACAUCAUACAAUACAACCUCAUAUCGUUGUUUUUGUUGGCUCGCGUGCAGUUCGUGUGUAUUGGUGCGCGCGCCCUGUGGAUGUGAGAGUGCGUGUGAGCAUUGGAAUGGAUUAACAACCCAACUAAUUCCAAAACAAUAAUACCGCAACAUAAUCGCAAUAGUUAUGCCGUACCAAGGCGACAGCUUUUAGAGAAACAUUCGGUCGGUCGGUUAGUCAACCAAAAAUCUGUUCCUAUAAUUAGCACUCCCACGUUUUAAAUUCAACGAUCGCCAUCAACCGCCUACGCGGUAAAAUCGUAGGACUUCGCCAACAUGGACAUGGAUUUGGAGCAGCUAAAGAACGACUUCCUGCCGCUGAUCGCCGGAAUCAAGCAGGAGCAGCUGGACGCCGUACCCACGGAUGUCCUGCCCCAGAUGAGCACACCCAGCACGGCCAGCGGUGCGCCCACCACCUCGUCCUUGAGCUCCUCUUCGCUGAGCCUGAGUAAUCCCUGCGACAGUGCUGAGAAAAGGUCAGAGUCAAACUCUUCCGCAUCAGCAAAGUUCACCCUAUUCAAGUGCGUUUACUGCGCUCAACUCCUCGGAUCCAAUGAUCGACCCAAAUUGCUAGAAUGCCUCCACGUGGCUUGUGCCCAGUGCGUGAGCACCAAGUUCUCGGAGCUGGACCGCUCGCUGCCACCAUUGAUCCAUUGUCCCGUAUGCGACAAUGCGUCGCAGCAGGAGUUUAUCGUGGACAACCAGUUCCUCAUCGAGCAGUGCACCGCCGGAGACAGUGGUGAUGGGGUCGGUCUUCUGGGCUUGCCAGGCGAAGGUCAGAAGAGCUCCGCUGCGGCGAGCAUCCAAUGCAGCAGCUGUUCCGAUGGUGCAGUGGCCACGUCGUGGUGCGUUGACUGCUCGGAGUACAUUUGCGACAGUUGUGUGCAGGCUCACCAGCGCCUGAAAAUCACCAAGGACCACACGAUCAAGCCCAAAGACGAGGCCAACAACGAGCAGCUGGCCGGAGCUGCCGGGGUGGACAAACUGCACAUGUGCCAGUUGCACCCACAGGAGAAGCUUUCGUUGUUUUGCGAGACCUGCGACAAGCUUACUUGUCGUGAUUGUCAGUUGAGCGACCAUCGGGAUCACAAAUACAAAUUUGCCCACGAGAUUGCCACGGAGUCAAGACAGGCGCUGUCCACCCUUGUUUCCGAAAUCAACUACAAACGCUUCCUUCUCUCCUCGGCUACCAAGGUGAUUGAUGACCGCCAACAGCUGAUCCAUGACAAGAAGAAGGACCUCAUCAAGGAGAUCACAGCCAUGGCGGUCAAGAUCACCAAUACGGUUAAUACCCGAGGCAAGCAGCUAAUCAUGAGAUUAAACGAGGUGUGCGACAGUAAACUCAAGGUGCUGGUGGAAAAGAAGGAGACGCUACAAUUGCUGUCUGACAACACGGACCACUGCAUCGAUUUCAUGCAAAACGCUUUGGAGAAGGGCAGUGAUUUCGCUAUCCUCUCGAGCAAAAAGUCUCUGGUGCGUCACCUGCAGAAGCUCAAGUGCCAAAGGGCGGAUAUCCCCAACCCGGAAAUCCCAGUGCGCAUUCAAGUUCAGCUUAACCAGGUUUCCGAUCUUCAGAAGGUAAUCUCGCAGCUGGGCAUCAUAAUCGUUGAUGGCAAACCAUAUCCGCCCACGCCCUCGCCCAACGGUACCCCUCAGCCGCAGCACCCACCUCGCCAGCCUCCCAGCCCGAACAUGGCGCCACCCCUGCGUCCUGGUCUUCCACCCGGAAUGCCCGCUGGCCUCUCGCCGAACGGACCGCCCGUCAACUUUGGACCGCAGAACGGACCGCCGCUCUACAGCAAUGCUGCCCAGCAGCAGUUCAACAAUCUGUCCAUGAGUCGCUCCUUUCCGGGUGACGGGUCAGGUAAGGUUCGCUUCGGGGGAAUGCCUCCAGUAGGCAUGCAGCGACACGGACAACCGCACGUGAGCUCCUCCACGCAUCCGCAGAAUAUGGACAUCAGCCUGCGGGGCCUGCUGAACAACCAGGCGGCACAGAGCCCGAAUGCCCACAUGGCAUUCAAUGGACCGCCCAGCUAUCCGGGUGGGCCGCAAGGAGCCCCGGCUCCGGCGCACCAACCGAUGGGUCCGCAGAUGCGUCCGCAUUUUAUGCCCGGCCAGCAGGGUUUCUCGCAGGGCGGUGGUCCAGGAGGCGGUCCGCGAGACGCCAACUUUAUGAACAGCAACGCGCGCUUCCAGUCGCAGUAUCAGCGUAUGGCCAACCACGCUCAGCAGGCGGCGGCUGCAGCGGCCAUGGCCGGAGCGGCGGGGGGCGGAGGCGGCCAAAUCCCUUCGCCGGGUGCACUGCAGCGACCCCAGAUGAUGUCCAAUCCCAUGCAGAAUGUGAGUGCCAUGCAGAAUUCGUUGGGGUUUCAUGGGAGCCAGGCUGGCUUUAAUACCGGCCCACCGCAGACCUCCCCGCAGUUAAGCGGCGGAGGCAUGCACAGCCUGGCCAAGUGGCACAUCCCGCAAUCCGCUCAACAGUCGAACAUGUGUUCGCAACAAGGUCCCCUUUUGCCUUUUGCGAAUGGUCGCCAGACAUCGGAAAAUUUUAAAAUCUCACUCAAAUCCCCAAACACGCUCAAAAAUAGCACCCCGCCCAGCCUGGGGGGCGGUGGUGCGGGUCACCCGGGCCACGGAAACGGCUCCUCCAGCGCCCAACUGAACGCAGCUGCCCUGGGAUUGGGGCCAGCCGUUUCGAUACUCUCUAACGUCACCUCGACGAAUCCAAAGACGCCCAGUCCCAGCACUCAUGAGAACACCAAGGACUUCACCGAACCCAUUGACAAGGUGCGGGAUGACUCAAUCAACGAUCUGAUUGCAACCAUAGCCAAGCUAGACUCAAAUGGGGUGCAGGUGUUGCCGGAGGGUCGCACAAAGACCACCUCGCCACAGGUGCACAGCUCUACGGAUCUGUCCAACACACAGGAAGUUAAUAAUAAAAACGAACAAAAAGAUGAUCCCAACGAGGACUGGUGCGCCGUCUGUCUGGAUGGAGGAGAGCUGAUGUGCUGCGACAAGUGUCCCAAGGUUUUUCACCAGAACUGUCACAUCCCCGCGAUCAGCUCGCUGCCGGACGAAAGCGAGAGCUGGCAGUGCCUGCUGUGCGUUAACCUCAAGGAGCUGACCAAGGCGGAGGGAAGUGAAAAGAACUCCUCGGGCGAGCUGAGCGCCCUGGAGCUCCGCAUCCUGCAGCGCAUCUGUCUAGAAUUGUACUGCCAGUACGAACAGAGUCUCAAUUUCCGGGAGCCGGAGUCGCCAGCCAAUACAUCCUAUUACGAGAUUGUUUCCAGUCCCAUGUCGUUAGAUGUUAUUCGCACCCGCCUGGAUCCAUCCAGUCCCAACCACUACAAGGAUAUCGCAGGCUUCGUGUCCGACGUGCGUUUAAUAUUCUCCAACACGUACCUCUUUUAUCAGGAGGACACGAAAACUUACUCCAAUGCCAAGUAUUUGGAAAACUUCUUCGAGGAGCAGCUAGCUAAGUGGUUGCCGCAAUUUGAGGGCAGCAAGCCACUAAGUAAGCGCAAUACCUCAAACUCCCCGGCGCUGUUAGGUGUGAAUGCAACUGGUUCGCCGUCGCCCAUCGAAAACGGAAGAAAAAGCUGCGGCUCGGCAUCAUUAGGUGACAGCGAUGGUGGCUGCUUGCCGGCCAAGAGGGCGAGACGAUCGGCGCACGAAUAGAACGAGCUAAUGCCCGGAGGGAAGGGCACAGACGGAGAGCAGCCAGCGGAGACGGGACAAGAACGUAGCCAGGAGGAACAGCAGCCGCUUCCAGGUUUCCUAGAGGAGAUGGACCUGGAGAUGCCGCAGCGGCCGCACAGCUUGGGCAGUAAUGUAAUCCAAGAGAGCGCCGAUUAUGUUCUUCAGCUAUUGCACGCGUACGCCGCAGCGUUUGGACUGUAGAUGCACAUGCUACAUAUCCAAUUUGUCCGCUAACGUAGAGUUUGUUGUUUUUAAGCAACUAGACCUAAAAAAGCAGAGGUGCUCGUUGAACUUUUGUGUUUCAAAAUAUUUAUAAAAACUCAGUUGUAAAUAGUAAAACCAAGCCAGUCAUUCGAUAUGAUUUUAUUUUUACGUACAAUGGAAUUAAUUAAAUCCUUGGGCGCUCGAAAAUGGAAAAGAGAUAUGUUUAGCUACAUUUUAAGUGUUGAAUAUCCAUAAACAUUGAUAUAAAUAUAACUAUAAAUAUGUAUACCUUUCUUUAGGGAUUCACUAGAGAUUAAAGUGAUUAGGUGUAAGUGUUCAAGUUCGAGUGAAUUUGUCAUCCUUUUUUCACCGAUUUUUGUUUUGGAUGAAACCCAUUCUAACUUAUCUUUGUUGGAAUUGUAUUUACUUUUGUGAUAGCGAAAAACAAUAAGAUGAACAAAUUACCGAUUAUUCAUAUAUAUUAUUAUUACCAUUAAAUUAAACACUGUGGCGAAGUUCUACAAAUAUUUCGAAUUUGACAUAUACGAUAUUUAUUGACCGCUAACCAUCUAUCGGUAGAAUCUAAUUAGGACACCCAUGUGCAGCCCUCAGCUCCUGCUCACCCAAAAAACAGCAUACAUUCGUAUACCACUUAAGAAGACGCUUGAAAUAAGUUAGCUGCAUUCUAGCCCUCUAAGUUUCGCUGAUGAAUCAAACCCUUAAAAUACGAGUAAGCAAAUUUGAUGUUUGAAUGUUGUACGUUUGACGUAAUAGCAUACAGUAGGUGUAAGGAGUAACUAGCUCUAUUUAUUACCAAUCGAUCGGCGGGACCGCCGCAGGAGAUGUACAUAAUGAUCUAUACAUAUUUCCGAAAAAGAAUCAAUAUUUCAUAUAUAUAUAUAUAUGUAUAAAUUUAACCGAGCGUGUAUGUAGUUUUUUAUAAUGCCGGAUCGAAACUAAAAUAAAACCAAAUCAGCUAAGGUCGAUAUUUUCAUAAAUGUUUUCAAUGCGAGACACAAAGAUCAGACACGAACAGAAUUAACACUGGACAACUACAAAAAAUAUAUUACAACUAGACGCUAAAACGUCAGCUCCUCCUAAUAACGCCACAAUAGGGAAUAUAUAGGGGCGCAAACAUAUUAAUGAAAUUAAAUAGCCAUGCAUAAAUGUUUGUACGACGUUCCCGAUUAGCGGACGUUCAUGUGUGCUAUCCUAUUGCAAAACGAAAGAAAAGCAAAAUAGAUCAUGCAGGGCAUCUGCUAAUGUUUGUAUGAUAAAUGUGAAACUAUGGAAAUUAUUUUAUCUGUUUUAGCCGUAAGUUUUACGAUAACUAAUGAUUAACCAUUGUAUAUUAAUGUACUACUUACUAUCGAGUGGAUUACUGAAAUAAUAAAAAACUUCCUGUAA